CGUAACCGUUUUGGCUCAUUACUUCAGUUCGCUCUUCAGAUCGACAACGUAAGUUUCCAUCACUCCAACUCCAAUGCUCUAAUUAGCAACCGCUGUUGUUGCAAACACAACACAAACACAAACACGAACACGAACACGAACAAUUCUCCUUCCUCGCUUCCUCGGAUUCAACUUCGUAUUCUCGAUGGCAAGUACCUUGCCAUGUUUCUCAUUCUCAGUGAUUCCUAGGAAUCCGCAAAAACCCAAAUGCUCUUGUUUUCACAAACCCUUUGGCCAAAGGAAGCAUCACCAACUUGAAUCGCAAAACCUCGUUAACUCCUUUUCGCACAAUUCCACUUCAAAAUUGUGUGCCAUGUCACGGUUGUCCAUUGAGGAAACUCAGCAGCAAAUUGGCACCUUGACCCGACCCGAAGACCUAAAAGGGGCAGUGGCGUACUUGUUUAGGACAGAAACUGGUGGUGGUUUGGUGAAGGUUUAUGUCACAAAGAAAAAAGAUAGGUAUUCCGUUUACAUUGAGAUUUCUUCGUUGGAUAUGAGUGGUUGCGGUGAGGGUGAAACGCUGGUGUUGUGUUGGGGUGUGUAUAGAGCUGAUUCAUCGUGUUUUGUGGAUCUGGAUUCCACAGGUUUGAGUGUAAAUGCGGCAAAAGGGAUGAAUGUUAGUCCCUUGGUGCAAAAUUCUGGUGGCAAUUUUGAAGUUGAAUUGGAAUUUGAUGCUAAACAUGUUCCCUUGUACUUGUCAUUUUUCUUGAUGUCAUCUUUGCAUGCAGGGCUGGAAAUCAGAAGCCACAGGAGAACAAAUUUUUGUGUGCCGGUUGGGUCUCUACCGGGGUACCCGGGUCCUUUGGGGCUCUCUUAUAAUGCUGAUGGGACUGUGAAUUUUGCCAUUUUCUCAAGACAUGCAGAGAGUGUGGUUUUGUGCUUGUAUGAUGACAAUGGUGUGGAGAAACCUGCUUUGGAGCUUGAUCUGGAUCCUUAUGUGAACAGGUCAGGUGACAUCUGGCAUGUCUCAUUAGAGAGUGCCAAGAGUUUUGUGAGCUAUGGUUAUCGCUGCAGAGGGGGUGGUCUUAAGCAGAACAAGGAUGAUAGUGGUGCUGAUCAUGUUGUUUUGGAUCCGUAUGCUAAGAUUGUGAAUUCUUAUCCUAAUGGUCUUGGAUCAGUGAAGAAUCUUGGAUGGUUGGGGAAGGAACCUGCUUUUGACUGGGGUGGUGAUUUUCAUCCAGGUUUGUCCUUGGAGCAACUACUGGUCUAUAGGUUGAAUGUGAAGCGCUUUACGCAACAUGAGUCCAGCCAACUUCCAAGUGGUUUAGCUGGGACCUUUACUGGUUUGGCUAAGAAGGUGCAGCAUUUUAAAGAUCUUGGUGUGAAUGCUGUUCUGCUGGAGCCGGUUUUCAUGUUUGAUGAGAAAAAAGGACCAUAUUUUCCUUGCCAUUUUUUCUCUCUGAUGCUUAGUUAUGGACCAUCUGGUGGUCCUUUAUCUACGUUUGCCUCUAUGAAAGAGAUGGUUAAAACUAUGCAUGCCAAAGGGAUAGAAGUUCUUUUGGAAGUUGUUUUCUCCAAUACUGCUGAAGUUGGCGCUCUACGGGGACUUGAUGACUUGUCCUACUAUUAUGCAAGUGGAGUUGAUGAUUUGAAGAUACAGAGUGCUUUGAACUGUAACUAUCCUAUAGUGCAAAAUUUGAUUCUAGAUAGUCUUCGGCAUUGGGUGACUGAGUUUCACAUUGAUGGCUUCUCUUUCAUAAAUGCUUCACACUUGCUGAGGGGAUUUCAUGGGGAGUACUUGUCUCGACCUCCAUUAGUUGAAGCAAUUGCUUUUGACCCAGUACUCUCCAAGACUAAAAUCAUUGCCGAUUGCUGGGAUCCCCAUGACAUGGUAACAAAGGAAACUCGCUUUCCUCAUUGGAUGAGAUGGGCUGAACUAAAUGCAAAUUUUUCUAAUGACGUGAGGAACUUUAUAAGGGGUGAAAAUAUUCUUAGUGACCUUGCAACAAGACUGUGUGGGAGCUGGGACAUGUUUUCUGGUGGACGAGGCCCAGCAUUCUCUUUUAAUUAUAUUUCAAGGAACUUUGGAUUUUCUCUUCUGGACUUGGUUAGCUUCAGCAGUGCAGCAGAAUUAAGUUGGAAUUGUGGAGAAGAAGGACCUACUAAUAACACCGCUGUCCUCGAAAGACGACUCAAACAAAUUCGAAAUUUCCUCUUCAUCUUGUUUGUGUCAUUAGGGGUACCUGUUCUGACUAUGGGAGAUGAAUGUGGCCAGUCUUCUGGUGGUUCCUCUGCACAUGAUGACAUGAAACCUUUCAACUGGAGUGCUUUGAAAGCAGGUUUUGGUAAACAAACCACUCAAUUCAUAUUCUUUUUAAGUUCAUUGAGAAGGAGGAGGAGUGAUCUUCUUCAGAGUAGGAGCUUCUUUAAAGAAGAAAACAUUGAAUGGCAUGGAAGUGAUGGGGCUCCACCAAGAUGGGAAGACCCUUCCUGCAGGUUCCUAGCCAUGACUUUGAAGCCUGAAGUAACAGAGUUGAUAGAGAGCUCUGUAUCUUCUGAUAUAUCUGGGGAUCUAUUUAUUGCUUUCAAUGCAGCUGAUCAUCCAGAAACUGCAGUUUUACCCUUACCUCCAAAAGGGAUGUCAUGGUACCGUUUAGUUGAUACAGCUCUGCCAUUUCCUGGGUUUUUCUCAACCAACGGUGAAGUUGUCCCUGAGCAGACAGCAGAUUUGUUUACUUAUCAAAUGAAGUCUUUCAGCUGCACUUUGUUUGAGGCAAAUAAUCGUACCAUUUAAGAAGAAAUCCCAAGUGCGCAACCUCCCUCAAGUUUUGUAAAUUUUGUUAUUGCAAAUAAUUGGCCUCAUACGUUUGUAGAUGGAUUACUAUGAUAUAAUAAAGUGGUGAGAAUGCAUACCAGGCAAUGUCUGCAGGAAUACUGUGUAUUACUCAAUAGUUUCAUUGUAGUGGUUUCUUAUGCUCAGUGAUGAAGGAUCCUGUUAUUCUA